ACACGACUAGGGAAGCGUGCCCUGUUUUACUUAUUUAACUGGAGAAUGGAAAUGUAUGCCUAGCUGGAAAUGCCUGGGGAAAUUUUACAUCAGAGGGAAUGACAAUGAUUAAAAUCUGCUUUUUUCCUGCUCUAAAUAUAUUGAGCGACGUGACACUUGCUUGAUAUUGAAUAGCACUUAACCGUUACCCCCUGCAAACCAGAACGUUAAACCGUUACGGGGGCUGGUAUAUUUAUAUUUUUCACCGGAAAAUACGAAAAAACUAACAUUAAUUAUUAUAUCUGGUCAUAGACAUCAUUUUUGUAACAGGGAGAGUGUAUCACUUAUUCGUUUUUAAAAUCUGACUGGGUGCGAGUAGAGUUGAGCUAAUUGUAGCCUAAUCCUUGCCCCAGAGGCGUUUGGGCAGCCCGGAGCAAGAAUUCUUUUUUAGUGCUGCUCUGUUAUUUAGAGACAGGAUUAUUGUCUUUCUUUUCAUAACAGACCGGCAGUAUCAUUUAAGCAAAAAGGCACCCAAGAAGCUAAAAUACGAAGCAGGAUUUGACCGACUCAAAUUUUAAGUGCAUACAAAUAAGAACCGAAAAGAGAAAGGAGAGAUCUCUUCUAUGUAUAAGUGUCGUUCCAAAGGAGCCGAUUCUACUUGAGGAAUGCUUGGGUCAGCUAUUGGAUGGUACUCUAGUUCUACGAAACUCGGGGCAUGUGAAAAAGGGGAACGCAGUCAUCAGCUGGGACUGAUAGAGACUAGAACGGAUUCCCUCGGACUCCUACGAUGUUUGAAACGGUAUGACUAAAUUCAUAUUAAGAUACGGCAUUUCCUCAUGGUAUGAUAGCCUACAGUAUCAGCGAACAAACUAUACUCAACACCAGGAAGGAAGAAGCAUGUCACGACUGUCUUUGACCCGGUCCCCGGUAUCUCCUAUGUCCACACAAGGAAUCCCUCUACCGGCUCAACUGACAAAGUCGAAUGCUCCGGUUCACAUUGACGUCGGGGGACACAUGUAUACUAGUAGCCUGGCUACUCUCACCAAAUACCCAGACUCAAGAAUCAGCCGUCUGUUUAAUGGCACAGAGCCCAUCGUGCUGGACAGCUUGAAGCAGCACUACUUCAUCGACAGGGAUGGAGAAAUAUUCCGUUACAUUCUCAGCUUCCUCAGGACCUGCAAACUGCUUCUCCCAGAUGACUUCAAGGAGUUCCACCUGCUGUACGAGGAGGCUCGGUACUACCAGCUGUCCCCCAUGAUUAAGGAGCUGGAACGUUGGAAGCAGGAGCGGGAGCAGCGCAGGACGGCCCAGCCCUGUGACUGCCUGGUGGUGCGGGUGACGCCUGACCUAGGUGAGAGGAUUGCCCUUAGCGGGGAGAAGGUGCUCAUCGAGGAGAUCUUCCCCGAGACUGGAGACGUCAUGUGCAACUCGGUGAACGCCGGCUGGAACCAGGACCCCACGCACGUCAUCCGCUUCCCCCUCAACGGCUACUGCAGGCUCAACUCUGUCCAGGUUCUAGAGCGUCUGUUCCAGAAAGGUUUCAGUGUGGCAGCGUCCUGCGGCGGCGGGGUGGACUCCUCCCAGUUCAGCGAGUACGUGCUGUGCCGUGAGGACCGGCGGAGUAUGUCCAUGAACACCCCCAUCAGGAUAAAACAGGAGCCCCUGGACUAGAGAGACUUUAGGAGAGGAGAGGGACUAGCCACGAGGGGCUCCUCACCCCCCUACUGGACAGAACAAACCCAAACCCUAAUAUCCCCCCACCUCACACCACAAAAACCAACCCAGCAAGAAACACCUAAGUAUUAGCAGACGCCUGAUAACGUUGCCAGCUCUGAGGAACUCAGUGCUCUAAGGGGAAUGUAGUAUAAACACAAAAAAAGGAGAGAAAGAAAACAAAAGGAUUUGAUUUUGUUUACUAAUAACACCCAAAGAAAUAUAGGACUAUGAUGAUGAACAGAAACACUGAAACAGCAGCUCCAUCUCUUGAACCAUUUAAGCACCCUGACCAAUCUCUUUUUCCUCCAGUUGAAAGGCUCUCUGACCCCUUGUGAAGAGGUGUCCUGCAAUCAGUGAGGAGCACGGCCCCCUUGCCCUCAGUGCAGCGCAUGGCGGUGUGUCGUCCAGUCCCGUACGUGUCUGUGUGAGGCCCAUGUGUUGUGUGUGCCGUCCAGUGCAGCUGAGUGGGGACAAGACAGGUGCUAUUUAGGGAGGCCUGGCCUGACAAGGGACAGGGCUGGAUGAGAGGAAGAGGAGGAAGUGACAGCCAUUCAGCCCACAUUGCUCUUACAGCCAGCAACCAGGCCUCGCAGCCAAGGGAGGUCCGAUUGAUUGUCUUUCUUAUUUUCAUUGUUGUUUAUAAAGUACAACUUUUUUCUCAGUUUUUUUGCUGUUUUAUCACAACAUGGUGUAAACAAUUAUUAAUAGGAUUGUUUUAUGUUUUUUUCCCUCCUAUAUGAAGGAUGUAUGAACGUUGUAUUCAAAGUCAUUAGGUUUGAAAGCUUGAGAGAAUGAGAGAGGCAGAGAGAGAGAGGCAGAGAGAGAGAGGCAGAGAGAGAGAGAGACAGAGAGAGAGAGAGAGAGAGAGAGAGACGAGACAGAGAGAGAGAGAGAGACGAGACAGAGAGAGAGAGACAGAGAGAGAGACAGACAGACAGAGAGAGAGACAGAGAGAGAGAGACAGACAGACAGACAGACAGACAGACAGACAGACAGACAGAGAGAGACAGACAGACAGGCAGGCAGACAGACAGACAGACAGACAGACAGACAGACAGACAGACAGACAGACAGACAGAGAGAGAGAGAGAGACAGAGAGAGAGAGAGAGACACAGAGAGAGAGAGACAGACAGACAGACAGAGAGAUAGAUAGAGAGAGAGACAGAGAGACAGACAGACAGAGAGAGAGAGAGAGACAGACAGAGAGAGAGACAGACAGAGAGAGAGACUUGGCAGUGGCUAUAGAAACACUAUUAUGUCUGGAGGCUACGUGGCUAAAGCAGCAGUCUGGCUGGUAAUGCAUUCAGAGCUGGAGAAGGUCUCAUUGUUUAAAUGGGGCUGCAAGGGAACCUGGCUAUUUCUACAUCGUUCAGAGGAAACAUUUGUAGCAUGCAUAAAAAGUGCAAUGGCUUUGUCGCAAUUAGCUGUCAAACAUAUCUUAAAUCAAAUAAGAUUAACAAUGUGAGAGUACAUAUAUUUAUUACAAAGUUAAAAGUAAAAAGGUAAAAUGAUCUGCAAUGUGAAAUGAGAAAAUGGAAUGAAAUUGUAUAUGAAGGCUCUGAAUGUUUUGCUGGUUGUGGAAUGCCAGAAUGUUCCUAACUUGAAAAGGAACAUGUGAACUGAGGUAGAUCAGUGUAUCUCCAUGAUCGUGAUGAGAUGUACUCUAAAUGCUUGAUAACUUUGUUUGCACUUAUAACACAUCAUCUACAAAACUUCCGCAAUCCCCCAAAAAGUUGUUAGUAUACGUCCUGAUGACCCGCGCCAAAUCAACCCACACAUUAUCUCAUUGUGUUUAUAGUAAUUAGCACAUAUGACUAUGUUGAGAGAGCCCAAUGUAAGUAAUAGCAAACUUUGGUGAUAAAGCUAAGUUGCUUAUUUGAUGAUUGUACAAAGUUCAUAUUUUCAUAAUUGUUUAUUUUACACAGAAAUCACUAUGAUUAUUCAAAACUAUUUUAUACAAACAAACACAGUACAAAUAGUCUGACAAUUGAAAGAAUACUUCAAUACUUCAACAAUUCAAUUCAAUACUUCAAUCAUGGAAGCCCCUGAUGUUUGUCUUGCUGACUGUCUCUCAUUUAAUUUCUAAGGCAGGAUUAUUUCAAUUCACGUGUCUGCAGCAGCAUAACCUAAAAUGAACUGUAAGCUGAGCAUCAGAGCAUUGUUUACAGAGAAAAAGAGUGGGAGGCACUUACUCUAUCCUGCUGUGAUUCCAUGGCUUGAUUCUCUACAUUUGUGGAUCAAAGAGAGAAACAAGAAAGAAAGAGUAUAAAGUUGUCAUACUGUCUGUGUAACUGUGUUUCUUCCAUUCCAAAAUAAUUGAUCAAAAAGAGGCCCAUUCUGAUCUUGGUUCAGCACCGGCUUGUUAAUGAGUUUGUUUUGAAACCUCCUAUGGUGGGUGUUUCACUAAACAUUACAAAAAUUAAUUUAAAAAAAUUCAAAUGGGAUGGUACUUCAAUUAGACACAAACCAACUCUCCACUUGGUCCUAGUGUUCAGUGUCCUCUCUGUGGAUGUCCACUGAUUAAACAAGCCGCAGGACUUCUUCCGUCUUCAGUUCUUAAAGAUGGCCAGGGUUAGUUAGUUAGUUUAGCUCCAAGAAGUCCAGAAGGCAGCACAGACCUCCUGGGGGGCCUCCCUCCCAAUCAGGCUCCUCUUUGUUCUGACCUGCUACUGGCCUGGGCCCUUGCAUCCAGUCGCCUCAAAGGGAAUGGCCAACCAGGCCUUUCAUGUUGCUGAGGGAUGUGGGGCUUCAGAGCCCAGCGGGUCCCUCGGGCUCCCAUGCAUUCCCAGCUCCUCAGCAAUGCCAGUAGAGACAAGGGUUGUGCCCCCCACUGCGUCAUCACAUUCCCUUCUGUACAGAGCACCCUCCUAACGUUACCCCCAUGGCUCACUGGACUGCACCACACCGCACCAGACCAAACAAACAUUCCCUCCCUACUUUAUGUCCUCUGGUAUCUCUAGAUUCAACUAUAACAUCUGAAGGUAACCGGCUCAGUUCUCAAUGGUUCUGAAUAGUUACAGUAUGUGGCAGCAUUUAGCUCACCUUCAUCAGUUCACUUCCUUGUUGACACACGAGUAAAGCAACUCAACAAUACCUCUUACAGGUGGCAGGUUCUCACAGAUACCUCAUACAUUACUGGGCCAUUUCCUCUAACAUAUUGUAUGUUUUCACACAUACACUCAGAAAAAAAGACUGCUGUGCAGCACCAUUUGUCCCUGUAGGAGAACCCCCUGAAAGUUGGCUCCAGAUAUAACUGUUUUGGGUUCCGAAUAGAACCUGGAUUCCAAAUAGAACCUGUUAAAGGGUGCUAUUUGGAACCAGAAAUAGCUCUAUCUGAUCUUAAAUGGUUCUAUCUGGAACCUUUUUUCAGAUGGUUCCCCUACAGGGACACAUGGUGCCACAUGGCACUCUUUUUUUCUGAGAGUGUACCAUUUUCUUUUAGUAAUUUGUGGUCAGUAAGUUGGUAGACCAUAAUUAACAAGAUGUCAUACCACUUCUCUGUGUGGUGUGAAGUCCAGAGACCGGAGGGCAGUUGUACAGUUGUUUGUAUAUUAAAUUGUUAUCAGGACUCUUUUACUGAGCCCUCGACCGUCUUAUUAAAAAAGAGACCCCUAAGUCCUCUCACUCACUACGAAACAAAAAUAAUGAAAAUAAUUUCCAAUUUGCAAGCAUUAUGUUGUGUACAUAUGGAUUGAAAACAUUUCAAAAGGGUAUACUUAAGGUGCAAAAUGUAUAUUAUUUAAAAUGUUUUAAUAAUUAGACUGGUAUUAAAGGGCAUGUGUUCACUUA